CCACUUGCGCAUGCGCUAGGAUUAGUUGACACUAGACAGCAGCUGCUAACCCAGGGAGAGAAAGGGGAAAUUUUCUUUCUUUAUUUGAGCUUAUAGGAAAACAAACAUUAUAAGCACCAACUUUUAAUUUUAAGAUGACUUUUGAUUAAGAACUAUAACAGGAUCAUCUAUGUUACACGGAUCUCAAUCAGCAACUAUGAUUAUCAUCCUGUUGGCUGUGUUUUUUAUUGGGGCGAACGGUAACAUUGCAUUGAAUGGACCUGAGGAUGUGGCCCAAAGACUGGGUGAACAAGUUGUUUUGAAAUGUGAUCUGGUGGACACUGACACAACCCUUCAGUUAGUGAACAAACCUUAUGUCAUCACAUGGACAUUUCAAGCUUUAGAUCUGUCUGGUGGAUCUUCUGUGAUGACUGCCAUUCACCAUGGCAACCAGACUUUCACUAUCAUCACACCCCGUCCAGAUAAGUACAAUGACAAUAAUGACACGCAUGAACCAAAUCUAAAGGUCAGGAAUUUGAGUCUGUCUGACGGUGGAAGAUAUGAAUGUAGCAGCAACUUGACCCAGGAUAGUGUUGGGGCCAACUUGUUAGUCAUUGGAACUCCAACUUGCCACAACUACAACCCUGAAGUUUUCUAUGGACAGAAUGUCAGCCUAGAAUGUCUUGUCUUCUAUGCUGGUUACAAACAUCCAGAAAUCAUAUGGAGUUAUGGUUCAUUGAAGCUGAACUCUACAAGUGAAACAUCAGAGAAUUCAACACUAUUGAAAGAGAGGCUAACACUUGAAGCCACUGACCGCAUCCACGGACAAAGCUAUCAUUGUCAAGUUCAAUACCCUGGUCUGAUGUCACCGAUACAGUGUCUGGCCCAACCAACAUUGGUCAAUGGUGUGGCUAAAGUCAUGGCUGUACAUGUGUAUCCAGUCACCAAACAUAAUCAGUUUACUCUUGGGACAAGUGUCAUCAUUAAGUGUAUCAGUAAAGGUUAUCCAGUUCCUACCUACUCCUGGUCAUUUACUCCAGCUGGAUCCAACCAGAAGAUUGAUCUCACCUUUAAAACUAAUCAACUCUCCAUUAACUCAUUCUCUGGACAACAUGCUGGUACAUAUGUAUGCCAUGUUACCAAUGAAAUACCAGGAAAUACAACAGGAACUGUUACCAUUUAUGCAGACACCAGAGGAGUUACUCUUUUGUUGGCUGACCAUGCUGAAGUGGACGAGGCUCCAUCCUAUGUUGUCAGUAGAAGCAGCAGUCAGACAGGCCCUCAGGAAGCAGACACCAGCAUGAAAUACACCAGAACUCAAACCUCUCUCUUUUCUCCUUAUGCCAUUGGUGCAGUCAUCAGUGCCAGUCUAGCACUACUAUUGAUCAUUGUCUUUGUCUUCAUGGCCAUGAGAAUGAAGAAAAGGGAGCAUAGAAUGAGAGAGAAGUUAGCCAGAGCUCAUGAUGAAAACUUGGAUGAUCAAGAGGUGGAGUUACUGGAUGAGAAUACCCAACCCAAUACAGAAUAUUUACCCACAGAAUAUUCCAGACUUAAGAUGAGCUGGGAAAUUCCUCGUAAGGAUGUCAGACUUCUGGAACAGAUAGGUCAAGGUGUGUUUGUGCAGGUAUGGAAAGGUCGAAUGAGGCGUUCACCUGGAUCAACUGAUGUCAUGAGAGUUAUUAUUAAAAAAUUACAAGGUGAAGCCAGUGAUAAAGAGAGACAUUUCUUUACAGCUGAGUUGGAAGUGUUGAAAAUGCUGCCAGCGCAUGCUAAUGUUAUUAGACUUGUUGGAAGCUAUACUGCUAAUGAACCUUGGUUGAUGAUGAUGGAACUAGCCAGUGAGGGAACAUUGCAACAGUUCUUACAGUGCCAUGGGCCUGGACACCAGCAAGUCAGGAUUGGUAGAGGAGAGAAGCCUAGUGUUACUAUGAGCAAGAAACAGACAUUGACCUCACAGAAGUUAUUGGCUCUUGCUGCUCAGGUUGCUAGUGGCCUAGAUCACCUUGAAAAAUUUAAGUUAAUUUACUAUAGGCUCAGGUCCUGCAAAAUAUUGGUAGCUAAAGGUGGACUCUGUAAACUAUCAGGAUUUGGUUUUCCUAAUGAGGUGACAGAAAGAAACUUGUAUGAAUCAAACUCAGUACCAGUUCGUUGGACUGCUCCAGAAAGUCUACAAAGUCAUGUUUACAAUGUGAAGACUGACACCUGGUCCUAUGGCAUUGUGCUCUGGGAAAUAUUACAUUUUGGUACAACACCUUACCCCACCAUGGGGCCUCAUGAAGUGGUGGAAAGUGUACAGAAUGGUUUCAGAAUGCCCAAACCUCAACAUUGCAGUUCUGAAUUGUAUGAGUUGUUGUUGAGAUGUUGGCAUACUAUACCUGAAGAGCGUCCAUCAUACCAAGAAAUUCUUGAAGUCCUGUCCCACCUAGUGGUUAAUGCUGAUGUCCACAUUGACUUCUGCAACCUUCCUGACCAUCUCCUUUCAUUGGACACAGCAGACAGUGCUGUAUUUUGAAAGAGAGUUUGGACUGACCACGGAACAUUGAAUAUAGUUCUAUACUUUGACCAGUAAUUCUAGUUCUACAAACCGCCAAUAAAAACAUUCAACUGACAUAGACUUUGAACUAGAUGUAAAUUAUAAGACAUUGGAGACUUCAAAGCUCUUUGGACAAUGGUCAGUUCUCCACAAAACAUGAUCACACUCAUAUUUGUCUGUUGUUUGACAUUAUUGUUUAUUAUUGUUGUACCUCGGUGAGCAUUGAAUGAAUCACUACCAUGUUACUGACUUGAAACUUGUUUUAUUGUUUGUACACUUCACCGAGCACUGUGAACAAAUAAUUUAUACAUCUACUGGAAUGGGAUGGCUAAGUGCUCAAGUGCUUGCCUGAACAUUUGGGAGUUUUGUUUUUAAAUUUGACAAACUUUUUUAGUCUUAUCAUUAUACUUCUUUUCAUGUUAGUUUCUUAAUUAUCUUACACUUGAAACUAUCAAACAUUUUGAACUUGAAUAGUCUUUAAAUAAAGAAGUAAGGCCUUCUAAAUCCUCUCAAAAUAGAAACUAUAUUUUAUUUUUAAAUUAGUUUUAUAGCACAACUUUCAUGUUUAUAGUAUACUUAGUGCGCUGUGGUCCAAUCUCAAUCUACUUUGUGUAACAGUGGUGUGAGGGGGAAUCUGGUAAAAGGUUUCCAUGCUGCCUUUAGGCACUCAGCAAACACAACUCUAGUCUGGUAUCUAAAUUGAGCCCUCUUGAUAGGUAGUUAAGCAGAUUAAGCCUCUCAGCUCCACCUUGAUUCUAAAUUUAGUUACAUAUUUGGCUUCUAAAUGAAUCUGGGAGCAUCUUUCUUAGUUUUAUUUUUUGUUGUUGUUGUUGAACUUAUAAAAUUUCACUGACCAUCACAUGGAAGGCUCUGGCUAUCUUUUUUUUUAAAUAUCAAACUGGCCUAAGUGUUUCAAGCUUUCUAGUUGAUUUUCUCUGGAUAGCAUAAUGGAGCAUCUGUUUUAUCUAAUGAUAGUCUUAAUGUGUUCCUUGUGACAAGUCUAUCAUUCUCUCAGGUUCUAAACUUUUAGUAGUCUAUUUCUAAAUGAAUGCAGUUUAGUCUCUAGGUCAGUUUGAAAACAUAUGUAGAAUUUUGGAUAUGGGGCAAUUUUUAAAAAAAUCCCUAAACAAGUAAACUCCAAGCAUAUAUAAAACUUUCAGAAUAUCCUUCUUUUAACAUGGAUUGACAUAUUUAUGCACUUAUAUUUUUCAAGACACAUUGAGUUUGUACAAUACUUCAUUUAGGUUUGCGAAGUUUUUAAAAAAAAAUAUGAUUAAGUGAAUAUAUUAAAUACAUGCGCUUCAAGCACUUUUAAUAUAAGAACUGAGCUAAAUAACAAAACAGCUUUAUAAAUUCACUUUUAGGAUAACAAAUAUUUAAGAUUGAGCAAAGGUGUCAAAAAAGACAGCAUGAAAAAAGAUUUGCUUUCAGAUCUCAUAAUGUCUUUUUUACAAUGCAAACUUAAAAUUAAAAAAAUAAUUCAGACUUACAUAGCAUAUGUGCUUUGCUUCUUUAAAGCUUUUUUUGACUGAUUGCUUUAAAAAAAAAAAAUUCAAACUUGCCAAACUGCACAGCAAUUGUUGGUUUACUCUUACAUAGACCUCUUUGAAAAAUCAUUAAAUGGCUAAACUAUAAUCAUUCUCUAUUAGUUCACAGCAGAGAAGAGAGUUGGAAAUAUUAUAAAGUAGCACAUCUAUAGACUAGACUAUAUACCUGAUUAUUCACAUAUUAUUUUUCUGUUUUCCCUCCCUUAUGGUUAGGGUCUGUAGAGUGGGUGAGGAAAAUGUCCUCUACUGUUCCCACCUUCUGGAUAGGUCCUAUAUGAGAAGUAUACAGUCUAUGUUUACAAGCCUGGCCAUCCUAGGCCUGAUUCAGUGCAAUAUUGUUAUGUAUUUAUUAAGUCCAAGUUAAUUACAACAGUACACAAACACACUACUUGUCACUUAUUUAUGUGUCAAAGCUGUUACUGGAGAGUCUUGUGUUUUCAUAGUGACAAUUAUGUAUUCAUGUAUUUAGUAAUGGCACAAAACUGUUUAUUUAUUUAUGUAUAGCAUUUUAUUUCAGAUUUAAAUUCAUAUAAAUGAUAUUUGUUUUGUUUUUUUUAAUUCAAAACAUGAACAAGUUGGAAUUGUUUCAUUUAUGUAUCUAUCAUAUUCAAUGUUUACAUUCUUUCCUUCACUUAGCUGUCAUGACAUUUUCUGUUUAUUUCAGUUCCAAUAAUGGUGGUGCUUCAGAAUGAAAGAUAAUUAUCCUCCUGUUCCCUUUUUUUUUCUUUCAGAAUGUUUUUUUUUUAUUUAACUUACAAAAAUUUAUAGUUGAAUAUGUUUUCUUAAAUUACAAAUUUCCUCCCCCCCCCCCCCACUCCCCAAGCAAUUACUAAAAGCUCAUAACCUUUUUCCAAAGCCCAUAUCCAUGUUUGUCUAGCUGUUUGUAUUUCAUUGAAUGGAAACAUUCUCUGCACUUCUCUGGGAGGACAAAUGCCUUGAACUUCAUUCCAUCUCUCAUCAUCAGGUGUUUCUCACAUCAUUUUUGUGAUGUUUGGCUUUUUGUAUAUAUUCUAUAUAUUGUAUAUUAUCAUUUCUUUCAUCUUCAUAGGACAGAUAUUUUCAUUGCUUGCUAAAUAGUUUCGGGUUGCACAAACAGUUAUAUAUUAUUUGUUUAUACUGCACAGGCCUCUAUUUAUACAUGUAUUCUAUUUCUUUUUACUGCACUGGCUUUUAACUAUUCGUACAUGUUUGAGUUAUUUUUUGGUUGAAGAAUGUUUGAAACAUUGAGACAUUCAUAUAUAAUUGUAUGACUUAUUGUAUGACUUGUUUACAUGAGCCUAACCUUUUAAAAAAAAGUUGUCAUGGCCUGGCCAUUAUAUUGGCUAGAUACAUAUUUCACUAGGCUGGUCAGGUAAUUCUUGUUUGGGUAAAUUAACAGUAUUCUGAGAUUCAUAUUUCUAAACUUUCAAUACUUACUUAUAGGAGGAGGGAGUGAUGGAUUUAUUGUAGUACAAACAUUCUUCAAUGAAACUGUACAUUGUUUACAAAUAAGAUUGACAAUAAUUGAUUUAUAUCACCAUAAUCAUGUGUCUCUUGACUUUCAUCCUGUGACAGUUCGCAUUACCAUAUUCCUCUACUGUUUCCAUUAGCAGCUGUUCUUAGCAGGAUAUCAAGACAGAGGCUGGUCUAUUCUGUUAAGUUACCCAGACAACUUUUCUUUGGUUGAUUUAUUUAGUCUCAUUAAAAUUGAAUUUUAGAAGAGUUUGGGUUUUCAAAUCUUUAUUCCUAAAUCUAUCCAAUUCUGUUACUGACAUGGGAUGUAAUAAUGUACUUUGUAUUACCUGAUGUCAUUGUUAACAUCCCCCCAGGGAAAUUUCUCAAUAGAUUACUGCAGGUCUGGAUCAUAUGAUUUUUAAAAUGUUUUUCAUUUUCUGUACUUUGAUUUCCAUAAACCAGUACUAAAAGCUGUAUAUAUGUAUUGCUCUGUUUAUAUACAGGCUUCAUUUGUCAUCAUGCUUUUUUUUUUUCUCAUCAUUUAACUCACUGGCUGUUUUGUACCCACACUAUCUUCUCUAACAUAAUAAUGUUCAAUGUUAAUUGAGCUUUUAAACACACUAUGAAACCAGUCUUAGUCAAAAUACUUGCUGUAUUGUAUACUUUUUUUUUUUUUUUUUACUCAUUUUAUAGUCUUGGUGUUAUAGUGGAAUAGUGAAUCCAAACACUCAGAUAAAAACAGCCCACAUAUUCCACUACAUAUAUCUUGCUAGUGACACUUUCAGGUGUCAGUGACAAUAAAAAAAAGUGCAAUACUAAUAUUUUGAUGUUAAUUUAAUCUCACCUCUUGUAUUUUAUUGAGACUUUUUUUUUUUAAAUUCACUAACUGUUUGUGUUC